CCGGGGCGCAGCCCCGACGCUCAUUGGCCUGGGCGGCGCAGCCAAGCUGUCAGCCCAUGUGGCGUGGCCGCCCGGGGAUGGCCGCGGUUUAAAUAGCGCCGGCGCCGGCCUAGAGGGAGCCAGAGAGACGGCCCGGCCCGGCCUCGCUCCGCCCGCCCGCCCUCGCCGCCCGCCGCCCGCGCCCAGACCAGACCAGACCAGAAGAGCCAUGGAGGAGGUUGUGAUCGCCGGCAUGUCCGGGAAGCUGCCCGAGUCGGAGAACUUGGAGGAGUUCUGGGCCAACCUCAUUGGCGGUGUGGACAUGGUCACAGAUGAUGACCGGCGGUGGAAAGCCGGGCUCUACGGCCUCCCCCGGCGGUCCGGCAAGCUGAAGGACCUGUCCAAGUUCGACGCCUCCUUCUUCGGGGUGCACCCCAAGCAGGCGCACACGAUGGACCCCCAGCUGCGGCUGCUGCUGGAAGUCACCUACGAGGCCAUCGUGGACGGAGGCAUCAACCCAGCCUCUCUGCGAGGGACACACACCGGCGUCUGGGUGGGCGUGGGGGGCUCUGAGGCCUCAGAGGCCCUGAGCCGAGACCCCGAGACGCUCCUGGGCUACAGCAUGGUGGGCUGCCAGCGUGCCAUGAUGGCCAACCGGCUGUCCUUCUUCUUCGACUUCAAAGGGCCCAGCGUCUCCCUGGACACGGCCUGCUCCUCCAGCCUGCUGGCGCUGCAGAACGCUUUCCACGCCAUCCGCAGCGGGGAGUGCCCGGCCGCCAUCGUGGGGGGCAUCAACCUGCUGCUGAAGCCCAACACCUCCGUGCAGUUCAUGAAGCUGGGCAUGCUCAGCCCCGAGGGCACCUGCAAGUCCUUCGACGACGCAGGGAACGGGUAUUGCCGCUCAGAGGCUGUGGUGGCCGUCCUGCUGACCAAGAAGUCCCUGGCCCGGCGGGUGUACGCCACCAUCCUGAACGCCGGCACCAACACGGACGGCUACAAGGAGCAAGGUGUGACCUUCCCCUCCGGAGAGUCCCAGGAGCAGCUCAUCCGCUCCCUGUACCUGCCAGCCGGGGUGGCCCCUGAGUCCCUCGAGUACAUCGAAGCCCACGGCACAGGCACCAAGGUGGGCGACCCACAGGAGCUGAACAGCAUCGUCCGGGCCCUGUGCGCCUCCCGCAAAGACCCGCUGCUGGUCGGCUCCACCAAGUCCAACAUGGGGCACCCGGAGCCUGCCUCGGGGCUGGCGGCCCUGGCCAAGGUGCUGCUGUCCCUGGAGCACGGCGUCUGGGCCCCCAACCUGCACUUCCACAGCCCCAACCCCGAGAUCCCGGCGCUGCGCGACGGGCGGCUGCAGGUGGUGGACCAGCCCCUGCCCGUGCGCGGCGGCAACGUGGGCAUCAACUCCUUCGGCUUUGGCGGCUCCAACGUGCACGUCAUCCUGCAGCCCAACGCCCGGCCGCCCCCCGGGAAGGCACCCGCCCCGCAUGAGGCCCUGCCCCGCCUGCUGCGGGCCAGUGGGCGCACCGCCGAGGCCGUGCGGGCCCUGCUGGAGCAGGGCCAGCAGCACAGCCAGGACCUGGCCCUCCUGUGCAUGCUCAACGACAUCGCGGCCGCCCCCGCCGCCGCCAUGCCCUUCAGGGGCUACGCCGUGCUGGGCGGCGCGGGCUCCGAGGUGCAGCAGGUGUCUGCCGGCGAGCGGCCGCUGUGGUUCAUCUGCUCCGGGAUGGGCACGCAGUGGCGUGGGAUGGGGCUGAGCCUCAUGCGCCUGGGCAGCUUCCGCGACUCCAUCCUGCGCUCCGACGAGGCCGUGAAGCCCUUGGGGCUGAAGGUGUCGGAGCUGCUGCUGAGCACGGAGGAGAACACCUUCGACGACAUCGUGCACGCCUUCGUGAGCCUCACGGCCAUCCAGAUCGCGCUCCUGGACCUGCUGAGCUCCAUGGGACUGCGGCCCGACGGCAUCAUCGGGCACUCCCUGGGCGAGGUGGCCUGCGGCUACGCUGACGGCUGCCUGUCCCAGGAGGAGGCCGUCCUCGCUGCCUACUGGAGAGGCCAGUGCAUCAAGGAGGCCAACCUUCCACCAGGCUCCAUGGCAGCCGUGGGCCUGUCCUGGGAGGAGUGCAAGCAGCGCUGCCCCCCUGGUGUGGUGCCCGCCUGCCACAACUCUGAGGACACGGUGACCAUCUCGGGACCACAGGCCGCGGUGUCUGCCUUCGUGGAGCAGCUGAAGCAGGAGGGCGUGUUCGCCAAGGAGGUGCGGACAGGCGGCAUGGCCUUCCACUCCUACUUCAUGGAGGCCAUCGCGCCCACGCUGCUGAAGGCACUCAAGAAGGUGAUCCGGGAGCCGCGUCCCCGGUCCGCCCGCUGGCUCAGCACCUCCAUCCCCGAGGCGCAGUGGCGCGGCAGCCUGGCGCGCACGUCCUCCGCCGAGUACAACGUGAACAACCUGGUGAGCCCCGUGCUGUUCCAGGAGGCGCUGCGGCACGUGCCCGAGCACGCCGUGGUGCUGGAGAUCGCGCCCCACGCCCUGCUGCAGGCUGUGCUCAAGCGUGGCCUCAAGCCCAGCUGCACCAUCGUGCCCCUGAUGAAGAAGGACCACAGGGACAACCUGGAGCUCUUCCUGGCCGGCGUGGGCAAGGUCCACCUCGCAGGCAUCGACGUCAACCCCAAUGCCUUGUUUCCGCCUGUGGAGUUCCCACCCCCCCGGGGAACGCCCCUCAUCUCCCCCCACAUCAAGUGGGACCACGGGCAGACGUGGGACGUGCCGGCCGCAGAGGACUUCCCCAACGGCUCCGGCUCCUCCUCGGCCACCGUGUACAACAUUGACGCCAGCCCCGAGUCCCCCGACCACUACCUGGUGGACCACUGCAUCGACGGCCGUGUCAUCUUCCCGGCCACGGGCUACCUGCACCUGGUCUGGAAGACGCUGGCCCGCAGCCUGGGCCUGGCCAUGGAGCAGAUGCCUGUGGUGUUCGAGGACGUGACCAUACACCAGGCCACCAUCCUGCCCAAGACGGGGACCGUGCCCCUGGAGGUGCGGCUCAUGGAGGCCUCCCGCGCCUUCGAGGUGUCCGAGAACGGCAACCUGAUAGUGAGCGGGAAGGUGUACCAGUGGGAAGACCCCGACCCCACGUUCUUCGACCACCCGGAAGACCCCACCCCCGCCAACCCUGGGGCCUUACGCCUGACGCAGGCCGACGCGUACAAGGCGCUGCGUCUGCGCGGCUACGACUACGGCCCCCACUUCCAGGGCAUCCUGGACGCCAGCCUCGAAGGCACCUCGGGCAGGCUGCUGUGGAAGGACAACUGGGUGACCUUCCUGGACACCAUGCUGCAGGCGUUCAUCCUGGCCUCCAGCCAGCGCAGCCUGCUGCUGCCCACCCGCAUCACCGCCAUCCACGUGGACCCUGCCACCCACCUGCGCAAGGUGUACCCGCUGCAGGGCGAGGCCCAAGCGGUGGACGUGGUGGUGAACAGCUUUCUGAGCAGCACGGUGGCUGGCGGCGCCCGCAUCACACGGCUCCACUCCUCGGCGGCCCCGCGCCGGCAGCAGGAGCAGCUGGCGCCCACCCUGGAGAAGUUCUGCUUCACACCGCACAUGGAGGAUGGGUGCCUGUCCGCCAGCGCCGCCCUGCAGGAGGAGCUGCAGCUGUGCAAGGGGCUGGCACAGGCCCUGCAGGCCAAGGUGACCCAGCAGGGGCUGAAGAUGGCAGGGCCCGGGGCCUCCCGGGAGCCCCCCCAGCAGGGGCUGCCGCGGCUGCUGUGGGCGGCCUGCCAGCUGCAGCUCAACGGGAGCCUGCAGCUGGAGCUGGCCCAGGCGCUGGCCCAGGAGAGGCCCCUGUUGCCGGAGGACCCGCUGCUCUGCGGCCUGCUGGACGCCCCGGCGCUCAAGGCCUGCGUGGACACGGCGCUGGAGAACAUGGCCGGCCCCAGGAUGAAGGUGGUGGAGGUGCUGGCCGGCCAUGGACACCUGUACUCCCGCAUCCCGGGCCUGCUCAACACCCAGCCGAUGCUGCAGCUGAGCUACACGGCCACUGACCGCCACCAGGCCCUGGAGGCUGCGCAGGCCAAGCUGCAGCAAUUUGACGCAGCCCAGGCCCAGUGGGACCCCGCGGAGCCUGCACCAGCAGCUGGGCAGCGCGACCUCCUGGUGUGCAACUGUGCCGUGGCGGCCUCGGGACCCCGCCUUGGCCCUCGGCCACAUGGCGCCGCCCUGCGAGAGGGCAGGUUCCUGCUGCUGCACACCCUGUGCGCGGGCACCCCCCGGGACACCAUGGCCUUCCUCUCCUCCUCUGAGCCGCAGCUCGCGCAGGCCUCCUGAGCCAGGUGAUGAUGGGAGAGCCUGUUUGCGAGGACGCCGCUGCACCUGGUGGGCCUGAAGAAGUCCUUCUACGGCUCCGCGCUCUUCCUGUGCCGCCGCCGGCCCACACAGGACAGCCCCAUCUUCCUGCCGUGGAGGGACACCAGCUUCCGCUGGGUGGACUCUCUGAAGAACAUCCUGGCGACGAUCCCCGCGGCCCGUGUGCUGAAGGCGUCAACUGCUCCACCUCAGCGUGUGCGUCUUGCUGUCCAACCUGAGCAGGCAUCCCGCGUGCCCGCGGUGGACCCCGCUCCGCAGAGCUGGCGGGCGCUGCUGCAGGGGGACCUGGUGAUGAACGUGUACCGCGACGGGCCUGGGGGGCCUUCCGCACUUCCCGCUGGAGCAGGACAGCCGGAGGAGCAGACGGCGGCACGGUUCGUGAACGUGCUCACCGAGGACUGUCCUCCAUUCGCUGGCUCUGGCACGGUCACCUACGCCUCGCUGAACUUCCGCGACAUCAUGCUGCACGGGGAAGGCCUCACGGGACUGCAUGCUGGGCUGGAGUUCUCGGGCCGAGACGCCAGCGGCAAGCGCGUGAUGGGCUGGUGCCCGCCGAACCUGGCCACGUCCGUCCAGCUGUCCUCGGACUUGCCUCUGGGACGUGCCUCCGGCUGGACCCUGGAGGAGGCAGCUUGUGCCGCCGUCGUCUACACCACCUACUACUCGCUGGUGGCGCGGCGCAUGCGGCGCGGCGAGACCGUGCUCAUCCACUCGGGCUCGGGCGGGUGGGCCAAGCCGCCAUCACCAUCGCCCUCAGCCGGGCUGCCGGGUCUCACCACCGUGGGCUCUGCGGAGAAGCGGGCGUACCUCCAGGCCAGGUUCCCGCAGCUGGACAGCACCAGCUUCGCCAACUCUCGGGACAUCUUCGAGCAGCACGUGCUGCGGCACACAGGCGGGAGGGGGACCCUCCGUCCCAGGGUGGACCUGGUGCUGAACUCCCGCGAGGAGAAGCUGCAGGCCAGCGGGUGCCUGGCCCAGCACGGCCGCUUCCUGGAGAUCGGCAAGUGCCUGUCCAACAACCACCCGCUGGGCAUGGCCAUCUUCCUGAAGAACGUGACCUUCCACGGCAUCCUGCUGGACGCGCUCUUCGAGGAGGCCAGCGACGACUGGGGGAGGUGCGGCGCGCCUGCGGCCGGCAUCCGCGACGGCGUGGUGCAGCCCCUCAAGUGCACCGUGUUCCCCAAGCCGGCGUGGGGACGCCUCCGCCACAUGGCAGGCAAGCACAUCGGCAAGGUCGUCAUCCAGGUGAGCCAGGAGGAGCCGGAGGCAGCGCCAAAGCGGGUGGAGCCCACGGUGAUGGCGGCCAUCGCCAAGACCUUCUGUCCCGCCCAUAAGAGCUACGUCAUCGCCGGCGGCCUGGGGGGCUUCGGCCUGGAGCUGGCCCAGUGGCUGGUUCUGCGGGGGGCCCAGAGGCUGGUGCUGACCUCCCGCUCUGGGAUCCGCACAGGCUACCAGGCCAAGCAGGUGCGGGAGUGGCGGCGCCAGGGCGUGCAGGUGCUCGUGUCCGCCAGCAACGCCAGCUCGCCGGAGGGCGCCCGGGCCCUCAUCGCGGAGGCCACGCAGCUUGGGCCCGUGGGAGGCGUCUUCAACCUGGCCAUGGUGCUGAGGGACGCCAUGCUGGAGAACCAGACGCCCGAGGCCUUCCAGGACGUCAGCAAGCCCAAGUACAGCGGCACCCUGAACCUGGACAGGGUGACGCGGGAGGCGUGUCCCGAGCUGGACUACUUCGUGGCCUUCUCCUCGGUGAGCUGUGGGCGUGGCAACGCCGGCCAGACCAACUACGGCUUUGCCAACUCCACCAUGGAGCGCAUCUGUGAGAAGCGGAGGCACGACGGCCUCCCAGGCCUGGCCGUGCAGUGGGGCGCCAUCGGCGACGUGGGCAUCGUGCUGGAGGCCAUGGGCACCAACGACACGGUCGUGGGCGGGACGCUGCCGCAGCGCAUCGCCUCCUGCCUGGAGGUGCUGGACCUCUUCCUGCACCAGCCCUACGCCGUCCUGAGCAGCUUCGUGCUGGCCGAGAAGAAGGCCGCCGCCCACAAGGACCGGGACGGCCAGCGGGACCUGGUGAAGGCCGUGGCGCACAUCCUGGGCAUCCGAGACCUGGCCGGCGUAAACCUGGACAGCUCGCUGGCCGACCUGGGGCUGGACUCGCUCAUGAGCGUGGAGGUGCGCCAGACGCUGGAGCGCGAGCACGACCUGGUGCUGUCCAUGCGCGAGGUGCGGCAGCUCACGCUGCGGCGGCUGCAGGAGCUGUCCUCCAAGGGCGACGCGCCCAGCGAGUCGGCGGCCCCCACGCCCAAGCAGGGCAGCCCGGCCCGGCAGCAGGCGCAGCUGAACCUGAGCACCCUGCUGGUGAACCCCGAGGGCCCCACCCUGACGCGGCUCAACGCGGUGCAGAGCUCGGAGCGGCCCCUCUUCCUGGUGCACCCCAUCGAGGGCUCCACCGCCGUCUUCCACAGCCUGGCCGCCAGGCUCAGCGUCCCCACCUACGGCCUGCAGUGCACGCGAGCCGCGCCGCUGGACAGCAUCCACAGCCUCGCCGCCUACUACAUCGACUGCAUCAGGCAGGUGCAGCCCGAGGGGCCGUACCGCAUCGCCGGCUAUUCCUACGGAGCCUGCGUGGCCUUCGAGAUGUGCUCCCAGCUGCAGGCCCAGCAGAGCCCGGCCCCCACCCACAACAGCCUCUUCCUGUUCGACGGCUCGCACACCUACGUGCUGGCCUACACCCAGAGCUACCGCGCCAAGCUGACGCCGGGCUGCGAGGCUGAGGCGGAGACGGAGGCCAUGUGCUUCUUUGUGCAGCAGUUCACGGACGCCGAGCACAGCAGGGUGCUGGAGGCGCUGCUGCCGCUGAAGGGCCUGGAGGAGCGCGUGGCAGCCGCCGUGGACCUGAUCACCAAGAGCCACCACGGCUUGGACCGCCAGGAGCUGAGCUUCGCCGCGCUCUCCUUCUACCACAAGCUGCGCGCCGCAGAGCAGUACACGCCCAAGGCCAAGUACCACGGCAACGUCACGCUGCUGCGCGCCAAGACGGGCGGGGCCUAUGGCGAGGACCUGGGCGCAGACUACAACCUCUCCCAGGUGUGUGACGGGAAGGUGUCUGUGCACGUCAUCGAGGGAGACCACCGCACGCUGCUGGAGGGCAGCGGCCUGGAGUCCAUCGUGGGCAUCAUCCACGGCUCCCUGGCCGAGCCCCGCGUGAGCGUGCGGGAGGGCUAGACCUGCCCAUUGCCACAGGCGCGCUGCGCCCACUCGCCUGGCCGUGCUGUGGGCCAGGAGGGUCCUGCCGGUGGGACCCUGCCCCGCGGCUGCUAGAAGCAAAGUAGGCCGCCACGCCGCCUCCCACCCACCACCUCCAGUGCGUGCGGGGCGCGGGGACCCCAGCCGUCGGCUCGGAGACGCCCGUCUGUGAAGAGCCGGCGCGGCCCGCGGGAGCCGGGCUGACCCUUUUGUGCCAAGUGGUCUUUGCCACUUGCUUGGUUUGUUGUUUUUCCACUCGAGUUCGCAUAUUUAUUGCGUCACUGGCGAAGCCGCCCGUGGCCUCGACCCCUAUGAAGGUCCCGGGCAGCGUCCACUCGCGCCUUCCAUGCACGCAGGUGGCCACCCGGGCCUGCCAGCCGAGCCUCCGUGGCCGGCCCCGCCCACCGCUCCGAGGCCACGGGACGGGCUGGGUGCCCGGCUGCCCAUGAAGCAGGCCCGGCCCUGCGGACGCGCCGGGCGCCUGCUCCCUGACGUCUGUCUGUCCUGGAGACGAUUCCGACUGCUGCUCAGAGUCUGGACCCACCGUGGCGUCCGCGCAGAGACUGCGUCUGCCCUGUCCGCUCUGCGCCGGUUUGGUGAACUGCUGCUCCAGACGCCCGUCCCCAGCCCCACCAUUAAACCGCACGUGAGCUCUGGC